AUGUUCGGUCCAGGAAUUGUUGUGAAUUUUGGAUAUUUCAAGGUUUUGGUUGGUGAAAAUGUGUGUGGUGAUUCUGUGAGUUACUUGGUUUCGACAUUGACGAGUUUAUUGGAGAGUUUUUGGGAGAAAAUUUGGUUGGUGGGAGCUGCAGAUAGUUGCGACACAUAUUUGAAGUUUGUAGGGCGGUUCUCGGGUGUGGAAAAGGCUUGGGAUCUUAGGAUUAUACUUGUUGCUUCUUACAAGAGUCCCAUUGGUGGUUUCGGCUUGAAAUCGAGUUCGAAGACGUCAGCAGAAGGAGAAAGAGAAAGAGCCUCAGAUAUGGGGUUUGGAGACUAG